CUGCUAAGCAUCCCCAUGGGCUUGCAGGGGCCAUGGUUGCAUAUGUGUCUCCUUUGGGCCACAGUGGCCAGCCUGCUGGUCCCUCCAGUGGUGACCCAGGAGCUGAGAGGGGCUGGACCGGGCCUUGGCAACUGGAACAACAAUGCUGGCAUCCCUGGGUCUUCAGAGGACGUGUCAGUUGAGUUCAGCCACCACAUCCACAGCCAUAGGAGCCAUCAAGGUGAAAAGGACAGAGACCAUAGAGCAGAGGAUGAAGAUUUCUCCAAGGAAUAUGGCCGCCAGCUCCACGAUCACAGGUACCCUGGCCAUGAGGCUGGAGAGGAGAAUGCCUCUGAAGAGGUCUUCAGAGGGCAUGUUAGACAGGCCCAUGGGCACAGAGGACACGACAAUGGAGAUUUGGGGGACUCAGCAGAGCCUGACACCCACAGCCAGGAAGAUGAAGAUGAGGGUAGCAUUGUCUCCAGUGAGAACCAGCGUGGCCAUGGAGGGGAAGAGGGCGAUGGAGAGCAGGGUGGGGUGGGAGUGGAGGAGGGCCCCGGCGGUAAACACCAGGCCUGUGAUCGUCAGAGCCUCUCAAAGGAAGGGGGCAAAGAGGGUUCGGGUGAAUACCAUCAUGCCCACAGCCACAGAGGCCACGAAGAUGAGGACGAAGAUGGUGAUGCCACUAAGCAUGGACACCAGGCCCACGGACAUCGGCACCAGGAGGAGGAAGACGAUGGUGGCUCCGAUGGAGACCAUCAUGCCCAGAGCCACAGACAAGGAGGAGAAGAUGAUGACGAUGGUGACUCCAGUGAAUAUGGACACCAGGCCCAGGGCCACCAAGGCUUCAAAGACAGAGAAGAUGAUGAUGAUGGUGAUGAAGAUGAUGGUGAUGAUGAUGAUGGUGAUGAAGAUGAUGAUGGUGGUGAUGACGAGUCCACUGAGCAUGGGCACCAGAUCCAAGGCCUCAGAAGGGGAGAAGAUGAGGAUGAGUCAGACGAAGACUAUCACCAUGUCUCCAGGCGUGGACACCAAGGCCAUGAAGAUGAAGAUGAAGAUGAGGCUGUCUCCACUGAGCAUGGGCACCACUCUCCCAGGCACACUCACCAUGGUCUUGGGAGUGAGAAUCAGAGAGAGGACGAAGCAGUCAAGUUCAGCUACCAUGUUGUAAGCCACCAACCCCAGGGCUACAACCCUGACAAGGAGGAGGGCUUCCCAGAAGAGUAUAUGACAGAAGUCCCUGGCCAUCACCACCACAGAGCCUCCAAGCAGGAAGAUGAGGACAUUUCUGCUGAGUUUGGCCUCAAGGUUCCCAGCCACAGGCCACAAGAUCAAGAUGAACAGGCCAGCCAGGGUCACAGAGAGUCUGUCCAAGGUGACACUGGUCACCGGCCUCUGCAGCCCACAGGGGCUGGUUCUGAAGAACCAAGGAAGGAAGAAGGCCACAGCUCUCAAGACAGAGAGGACGGUACCGGGACGAGCAGAGGAGCUCACAGUGAGGAGGAGAGGGAGGAGGAGGAUAGCCAUGGCCUCCCCAUGAGCCAGGAAGAGGAAGAAAAAGAGGAGGAGAGUAGGGAAGACAGAGCUGAAGUUCUGACUCCACUGAGCCAUGGCAGAAAGCAGGAGGAGGAGGAGGAAGAGGAGGAGGAGGAGAUGGAGCUCCUGGAAGAAACCCUGCUACCUUUCACCAUUAUCCCAAACCCCUUGGCUGGGAGGGAGGUAGCCAGAGAAGGCUCCAGUGAGGAGGAGAGCCGUGAGGUCACAGGUCAGCACGAUGCCCAGGAGUAUGAGAACUACCAGCCGGGGUCUUUGUGUGGCUACUGUUCUUUCUGCAAUCGAUGUACUGAAUGUGAAAGCUGUCACUGUGAUGAGGAGAACAUGGGGGAACACUGUGACCAUUGUCAGCAUUGCCAGUUCUGCUACCUCUGUCCGCUGGUCUGUGAAACCCUCUGCACCCCAGGAGGCUACAUAGACUAUUUCUCCUCUUCCCUGUACCGAACCCUGGCUGACAUGCUGGAGACUCCAGAGCCCUGACCUGGCUACAAGUUGUCACAAAUGCACCUCU